AUGGAUUCCAAUACCGCGUUAUCGCAUGCCUCCACCCUCAUCGCCAGAGCGGAUAGCUCAGGUCGUCCGCCCAUUUACAAAGCCGUCGGUAUCUCGUUGGCCGUUGCGUCUGGUAUCUUUAUCGGAAUUUCGUUCGUGAUUAAGAAGAUCGGUCUGCUGAAAGCCAACGUCAAAUAUAAUGAGGAGGCCGGCGAGGGAUAUGGAUAUUUGAAGAACUUCUGGUGGUGGCUGGGCAUGACGCUCAUGAUUGUUGGAGAGAUUUGCAACUUCGUUGCUUAUGCAUUCGUCGAUGCAAUUCUGGUUACACCACUUGGUGCGCUAUCCGUUGUGAUCACGACGAUUCUAUCGGCUAUCUUCCUCAAGGAGAGACUCAGUUUCGUGGGCAAGGUAGGCUGUUUCUGCUGCAUUAUUGGUUCGGUCACUAUUGCCAUGAAUGCUCCUGAGCAGUCGUCUGUCGAGGAUAUCCAGGGUAUGCAGCACUUUGUUAUACAGCCUGGGUUCCUGGUUUACGCUGGGCUGAUUAUUGUGGGGGCUGUAUUUACGGCUCUUUGGGCUGGUCCAAGGUAUGGAAAGACAAGCAUGUUUGUCUAUAUCAGUAUUUGCAGCAUGGUUGGUGGGUUAAGUGUUGUUGCUACUCAGGGAUUGGGAUCUGCGAUUCUGGCGCAGAUCAACGGCGAGGAACAGUUCAAACAUUGGUUCCUAUAUGUCUUGUUUGUGUUCGUUAUUGGAACGCUCUUGACAGAGAUUAUCUAUCUCAACAAAGCGCUCAAUCUUUUCAAUGCUGCCUUGGUCACUCCAACUUACUACGUGAUGUUCACCACUGCUACCAUUAUUACAUCUGCCAUUUUGUUCCAGGGCUUCAAGGGCACAGCAGUGCAGAUCACAACUGUGAUUAUUGGAUUCCUCCAGAUUUGCGCUGGAGUGGUUCUUCUGCAGCUCUCCAAAUCCGCCAAGGAUGUACCGGACGCUGCUGUGUUCAAGGGCGAUUUGGACCAAAUCCGUGAAGUUGCCACCGUCGAGGAACCCGAAUCUGAACCCAAGGCAGACUCGAUUCGUGGAGCUGCCUCCAUCAUCCGUCGCAUUUCGACCGCUCGUCGAACCAUGGAAACAGACGAGGCUCGGCGCUUCUUCCAUGACAAACAUGAAGAUACCCUGAAGCCACCAAGUGAACAUGAGAUUAUCGAAUGGGAUGGCCUGCGCCGGCGCAAGACUGUUAUCGGCGAAGGCCCGACCAUGUCACGUCCAAUCACUCCACGCACACCGUCUGUUCGACAACAACACCCACCAUGGGGAAUGUCUCACUUCCCAGAGGCCGAGGAGGAUGUUCGACCUAACACCACGCAAAGUAAUCAUUCAUUCAUGGAUAGCAUCCGGUCUCGGGCUGCCAGUGUUCUUCAUCCUUCCUGGAAGCCUGUGGAUUCCGAUGACCACAAAAACCCGGACUCAAACACAGAGCCGGUGGGCUUGACGGCACUGCCCCAGCGAGGCAAUACUGAUACUGGAUAUCACGGUGCCGGAGGCCUAGAAGAUAACUUCAAUGGAAAUCCCCAGCGAAGUGACACUCGGCGGUCUGUCUCCUGGAAAGACGAAAAGGCAGACACCCUAAGCCCCGAACCACUGGCAAACACAGCUCGCCGUCAAUUCUCUUUCAACAACGUGGUGAAUCGCAUGAAAUCCGGCAGCGAGUCAUCCGUCAAGCACCCCGGCUCGCCACGAGGUAUUCUCCGCCGCACACACCAAGGCGACUUGCGCCGCAACACCGCCACAGAAGAGGAGUCGCUGGGUCUAGUUCACGGCGACAGUCGCACCUCCCAACCAGAGGAGGAGCCACUCAACGAGAAAAUCGAACGUUGGUCAAGCAGCGAGUCAGAACUCGGCGAGCCUCAACCCUUGUUCACCCGUCCCCAUGGAGCAUCUGUAUCAAGCAUGUCGACUGCCGCAUUCCCCGCAUACGAAGAUAACCAUCACGACUUCGAUUCCAACCCUUACUACGUCAACCAAACACAUGACCAAGAUUGGCAAGCUGGUGGGAGAAAUCGUACGCGCUCGAAUUCCUCCGCUCAUAAUCGUGCCCCUCCCCCUGCUCAAUCGUCAUUUUCUACCCACCGCUAUCCAAACCCCCUCCCGCCUCUUCCUGACAUCACGCCUACUUCCACGCUGGAUCUCAUGCCCACGAUUACAAACUCGGGUAUGAGGAACGUUUCUGAUGAUUCGGGAACGGGCGUUACUUCGUUGUCUGAGGAUACGGAGACACAGGAGUUGCCACCGCCGACAAGACGACAGAGCGGGUGGCGCAGACAUUUAUCGAACGAUAGUCGGGACCAAGAAUACCGGGAGCGAGGUUCCUUCCGAUGA